UUCUCUGCUAUGGAUCAGUGUGAGGACAGAGAGGAGGGAACCCCUCCCUCUAAACGCCCUCGUUGUGAGGAACAUGACAGCCAGACCAAAGCUCAGAGGAUGCAGCAGCAGAGAGCAGACUCUCCUGAACCCAGCUGUGUGUCCAUGAAGAGUGACUGGUCUAUGGAUCGUCCUAUUGCGUUUAAAGAUGGACAACCUGCUGAUGGAAGGAUGCAGCAGCAGAGAGCAGACUCUCCUGAACCCAGCUGUGUGUCCAUGAAGAGUGAUGAGUCUAUGUAUAAGCCUAUUAGGUUUAAAGAUGGACAACCUGCUGAUGGAAGAGUUCAGCAGCAGACCUCAGAGGUUCCCAGUGAUCAGUCUGCACAGCAGCAUCAAACACAGCUGGACUCCAUAUUUAUGCUGCUGGAGGAGAACAUCGUCACUUUUGUGAAGAACGAGCUGAAGAGAGUCCAGAGGGGUUUGAUUCCAGAUGACCCAGAAUGCUUAGAGAGUCAGAGUGAGGAUGAGGAGGUGUUGGACGGUGAGGAGGAAGAACAAAUGAGGAGCAGCAGAGAGGCAUUUCUGAAUAUCACAGUGCACUUCCUGAGGAAAAUGAAGCAGGAGGAGCUGGCUGAGCGUCUGCAGAGCAGUUGUCAGUUUAGACUCAAGUCUAACCUGCAGAAGAAGUUCCAGUGUGUGUUUGAGGGGAUCGCUAAAGCAGGAAACCCAACCCUUCUGAAUCAGAUCUACACACCGCUCUACAUCACAGAGGGAGGGACUGCAGAGGUCAAUGCUGAACAUGAGAUCAGACAGAUUGAAACAGCAUCCAGGAAUCCGGUCAGACCAGAAACAACAAUCAGACAUGAAGACAUCUUUAAAGCCUCACCUGGAAGAGAUGAACCAAUCAGAACAGUGAUGACAAAGGGAGUGGCUGGCAUUGGGAAAACAGUCUUAACACAGAAGUUCACUCUGGACUGGGCUGAAGAUAAAGCCAACCAGGACAUACACUUCACAUUUCCAUUCACUUUCAGAGAGCUGAAUGUGCUGAAAGAGAAAAAGUACAGCUUGGUGGAACUUGUUCAUCACUUCUUUACUGAAACCAAAGAAGCAGGAAUCUGCAGGUUUGAAGAGUUCCAGGUUGUGUUCAUCUUUGACGGUCUGGAUGAGUGUCGACUUCCUCUGGACUUCCACAACACUGAGAUCCUGACUGAUGUUACAGAGUCCACCUCAGUGGAUGUGCUGCUGACAAACCUCAUCAGGGGGAAACUGCUUCCCUCUGCUCGCCUCUGGAUAACCACACGACCUGCAGCAGCCAAUCAGAUCCCUCCUGAGUGUGUAGACAUGGUCACAGAGGUCAGAGGGUUCACUGACCCACAGAAGGAGGAGUACUUCAGGAAGAGAUUCAGAGAUGAGGAGCAGGCCAGCACCAUCAGCUCCCACAUCAAGACAUCACGAAGCCUCCACAUCAUGUGCCACAUCCCAGUCUUCUGCUGGAUCACUGCUACAGUUCUGGAGGAUAUGUUGAAAAGCAGAGAUGGAGGAGAGCUGCCCAAGACCCUGACUGAAAUGUACAUCCACUUCCUGGUGCUUCAGUCCAAACUGAAGAACAUCAAGUAUGAUGGAGGAACUGAGACAGAUCCACACUGGAGUCCAGAGAGCAGGAAGAUGAUUGAGUCUCUGGGAAAACUGUCUUUUGAGCAGCUGCAGAAAGGCAACCUGAUCUUCUAUGAAUCAGACCUGACAGAGUGUGGCAUCGAUAUCAGAGUAGCCUCAGUGUGCUCAGGAGUGUUCACACAGGUCUUUAAAGAGGAGAGAGGGCUGUACCAGGACAAGGUGUUCUGCUUCGUCCAUCUGAGCGUUCAGGAGUUUCUGGCUGCUCUUCAUGUCCAUCUGACAUUCAUCAAGUCUGGAGUCAAUCUGCUGGAAGAAGAACAAACAACAUCGCAGACACGUUUCUACCAGAGUGCUGUGGACGAGGCCUUAAAGAGUCCAAAUGGACACCUGGACUUGUUCCUCCGCUUCCUCCUGGGUUUUUCACUGCAGACCAAUCAGACUCUCCUACGAGGUCUGCUGACACAGACAGGAAGUAGCUCACAGACCAAUCAGGAAACAGUCCAGUACAUCAAGAAGAAGAUCAGUGAGAAUGUGUCUGCAGAGAGAAGCAUCAAUCUGUUCCACUGUCUGAAUGAACUGAAUGAUCGUUCUCUAGUGGAGGAGAUCCAACAGUCCCUGAGAUCAGGAAGUCUCUCCACAGAUAAACUCUCUCCUGCUCAGUGGUCAGCUCUGGUCUUCAUCUUACUGUCAUCAGAAAAAGAUCUGGACGUGUUUGACCUGAAGAAAUACUCUGCUUCAGAGGAGGCUCUUCUGGGGCUGCUGCCAGUGGUCAAAACCUCCAACAAAGCUCUGUAG